AUGAAUGAGCAUCCACUGCAAAGCUUCCCCGAGAAAAGCGCAACAAGAAGCUUUGAUGGUUGCUGGACCUGUCGGAUCAGACGCAAAAAGUGCGAUGAGAGGCGCCCUGUUUGCGUCACCUGCGCUACCCUCUGUAUCUCCUGCCAUUACAGCCAUGAUAAACCUGAAUGGAUGGAUGGCAGUGCGAGGCAGAAGCAGAUGGCUAAGCAGAUCAAGGCCGAGGUAAAGGAACGUGCCGACCGUCGCCGCUGGGAGAGAGUCGGCUAUGCUUCUAGCCCUCCUCCUGGUACUGUCACUGUCCAAUCCGGGCUCAUCGAACCACCGGGGCAACUGUCCGAUAGCCAGGCUCCUCCAACCGCGUCACCAGCAAACGGCGAGGCAGGUCAACCCCAGGCGGCUGUUUAUGAUUGCAGGCCAGACCUCCUUAAUGACAAUGAUGGUAGCAUGUCGUUGGGCCAAUGUGAUCAUUUACUUUUCACAUUCUAUCUUGAACAUCUCCUGCCGUUCUUAUUUCCCUUCUACCAUCCGCCCAUUCUUCAAGGUGGUCGAGCAUGGAUCAUGGAGCUCAUGCUUGACAGUCCAGUUUUGCGACAGGCCAUUCUCUGCCAAUGCUCAUAUUUUUUCUCUUUUAUUCACGGGUCAAGCGAUCCUCGCCUUGACGAACUGGUGGGUGCGAGAACGAGGGAUGCAUUUGUGAUGUUGCGGCAAUCGAUUCAGUUAAUGGGCGUCUCAGACAUAACGGAGAACUUUCAUCGUGCAGCCCAGAUCCUGGUCAGCAUUAUGCAGUUGCAGCGGUUUGAGAUUGCUAUUAUGAGCUUUGCGAAUUGUCAGGCACAUCUCAAUGCGGCAGUGGCUUUAUUCAAGCGGCUGAUGGAAAAUAUUGGUGCUGCUAAGACGAUUGGGCCACGCUUAGCAUUUAAUAAUGUCCUGCAUCUUCUUGGUCCAUCAACGCGAAUCUUGCCGACGGACAGCUUCCAGGUCCCUAGCGCCGAGCAGGCGGCUUUCUCGUUCGCGUCUACGCUAGUGAUAUUUGAUGAUAUUAUUGCGAGCACUGCGUUACAAGAAGAACCGAAGCUGUACCAAUACCACCUCGCUCUACUUGAUGAACCUCACAGUUCUAUCCAUACCGAGGCAGUGCUGGGCUGUCAAAAUUGGAUCCUACUGGGCAUCAGCCAGAUCGCUCGUCUUGACGCAUGGAAACAACGCUGUAAAAGAGCAGGAAGUCUCGAUAUGACGGAGUUAGUUCGCCGCGCCUUGCCUAUUAAGUCCUCACUGGAGGCUCGCCUUGCACAACCGGAAGUACAACCGGAGGCGAUAACUCGGGGGUCUGGCACUCUAUCAAGUAAUUAUUUCGAAAAUUAUGGCCAACGACCAGAAGCCAUCUGCGAGAAAGUCCUUGCCAUUCAUGUCUGGGCGCAUGCCACGUUGCUUUAUUUAUUUGUCGUGGUAUCUGGCUGGCAGCCUCGCAGUGCAGAAGCUGCGUACCAUGUCGCCAAGAUACUCGAUAUCCUGUGUAACAAGACGGAAGCGCAAAGGCUCCUUCGGACCUUUGUUUGGCCAUUCUGUAUUGCUGGCUUUCUCGCACAGCCUACCGAUGAAUCUCAUUUUCGAAAACUAGUUCACGAUCUACAGCCGCCAAAUAUAUUCGGCACCGCACGCAAAGCGCUUGAAUUGAUGGAGAAUAUAUGGCUCAACAGAGAUGCGGAAAACAGUAUCAGAUAUGACCUAGGUACAUUGUUUAACAGUCCAGGGGAGCUCAUACUCCUUGUUUAA